CCGUCUGACAGUCUGACACUGAGCUGGACCACUAACAUCUGCAAACAUGGUUGAUGCUUUCUGUGCUACAUGGAAACUAGUCGACAGCCAGAACUUUGAUGACUACAUGAAGGCACUUGGUGUUGGUUUUGCCACAAGACAAGUGGGUAAUGUCACCAAACCAACAAUAGUCAUCAGCCAAGAUGGUGACAAAGUAGUAGUGAAAACCCUGAGCACCUUCAGAAACACUGAGAUCUCCUCCAAACUGGGAGAAGAGUUUGAUGAGACCACACCUGAUGACCGACAUGUCAAAUCUACCUUCUCCAUGGAAGGAGACAAACUGGUGCAGGUGCAGAAGUGGGACGGGAAAGAGACCAAAUUUGUCAGAGAAAUCAAGGAUGGGAAGAUGGUGAUGACUUUGACCUUCGAGGGAGUCCAGGCAGUCCGCACAUAUGAGAAAGCCUAAACAUUACCAUCCACUUGAAAGAGCAAAUCAUCCCAGCACUGCGAACGAUCAAUAAGGUGUUCUACUGUUUUUUUUUAUAAAAAGAAAAAUGUUGUUUUUAUUGCAUGCAGUGACUUGCACUUAAUUUGUUGUUUUAACCUGAGAUAAAUAUUUUGGGGAAACUUUUAUAAGAUCUUUUCUAAGAAAUUCAGACUGUGAAGAGUCUGUCGCAUGUGACAAAGGGAAAAAUAAACUGCUUGA